AUGUUUCAUCGUGAUUUACAUACAGGCAAUAUAUUAUUUAGGCUUCAUGAUGAAAUCAAUGUAUGUAUUUCAGAUAUGGGAUUAUGCGGAGAUGCUGGUAAUAUGGAUGAAACAAAAAUUAUUGGAGUUAUGCCUUAUGUAGCUCCUGAAAGAUUAGAAGGAAAUCCUUAUACUCAAGCAUCAGAUAUAUAUAGUCUUGGUAUGAUUAUGUAUUUUAUAGCAACUGGUGGAAGAAAGCCUUUUGACAAUUGUGCACAUGAUGAGAAUUUAGCAUUGAAGAUAUGUAAUGGAAUUAGACCUGAAUUUAAUGAAUCAGAAGUACCAAAAUGUUAUAUUGAAUUGAUGAAAAGAUGUUGGGAUUCAAAUCCAGCUAAUAGACCAAUCAGUGAUGAAAUGGCAGUAGAAGACUUGUUUAUUCAGGAUGUGGAGAAUAACGAAUUUAGUGAUAAUAUUGCAGUAGAGGAAUUAUUAUUACAGCACACGAUGCAAAAUUGGCAAUGA